ACAAUGGCGGAGAGCAGCUGGGAAAAGGCGCUUAGCGUUUACCUCACUAAGGAAAGGUUGUGAUUUGAUUUCCCGCGGACAUAACGGACUUCAUGCACGGCGUUCCUUCGCCAUGGAAGGCGCAGCGGAGAACCCGAACCGAGCCGUGGAAUAUCUAAAAGAGCUAAAUAAAAUAAUCGAGACCCAGCAAGAGUUGCUAGAGAACCAGAAGAAGCGUAUCGAGGAGCUGGAGCAGCAAGUGGCCGAGCUGUGGAAGGAGAAUGCCUGUCUCAAAGAGGAGCACCAGCGGCAUCUGACCACUUGCCGUUUGCAGAGCACCAACUAUACGCCUCUAGCAUCAAUUAAAGAGGACUUAAAGCAAGAAAAGUACGAAGGAGAGAGUUCAAGGAGUGUCAGUGUGGAGGGUGAUGUUCCAGGAAGUGAGACUGGCACUCUCGACAGCCCUUCAGGCUACAGCCAGGGUCCAAUAACCCAUAGUGCUGCUGCCAGUCCCGAUCAGUUUGAUGGUUCUUCUUUGAUAUCAUUCCCUGUCUCACCUGGUCAACAGCGUCCUAGGCGGCCCAAGCUUCAGCAUUCCACCUCCAUACUACGGAAGCAAGCGGAGGAAGACGCAAUCAAGCGCUCUAGAUCACUGUCAGAAAGCUAUGAGCUCUCCUCAGAUCUGCAGGAUAAACAGGUGGAGAUGCUUGAACGUAAAUAUGGAGGACGUUUCAUAACCAGGCAUGCCGCUCGAACCAUUCAGACAGCCUUCCGCCAAUAUCAAAUGAACAAAAACUUUGAAAGACUUCGAAGUUCUAUGUCUGAGAAUCGCAUGUCCAGGCGCAUUGUUCUGUCCAAUAUGAGAAUGCAGUUUUCUUUUGAAGGACCUGAGAAAGUCCACAGCUCAUUUUUUGAGGGCAAACAGGUGUCCAUGACUGAUGAUGCAGGAAAAGUGGGAGCUAUUGUCCAGUCGGAUUGUGGCGAGCUCGGAGGUUCAGCAGUGAUCAAAUCUCCAGCUGCAAACAAUGAUUUUACAGAUGCAAUAACUGAGCUUGAAGAUGCUUUCUCCAGGCAAGUCAAAUCGCUUGCAGAAUCGAUAGACGAUGCACUGAAUUGUCGCAGCUUGCACACAGAUGAUGGGCAACCUACUGACCAGGGUAAACGUUACAAAGAAAACUUGCAAAAAGAGGAAGAGAUGGAUAGUGUACCUUAUGCUAAAUCCACACGUGAUGCUGAACGCAGAAAAUUGGAUGAAAUGUCUGCUUCAUAUAGUGAUGUCACUCUGUAUAUUGAUGAGGAAGAACUUUCUCCUCCACUUCCUGUGUCUUUACAAUCUGUAGACAGGCCAUCCAGCACAGAGUCAGAUUUCCGGCUCCGGUCGGUGAAUUCUGCCCAGGAGUACUGGUCCAUGACCCACAGGGAUGACAAGCCAGACACUGACACAAGCUGCAGGAGCACCCCUUCUUUGGAAUGUCAGGAAUCGAGGCUUCGUGUUGAUCAUCUCCCUUUACUAACUAUCGAGCCACCCAGUGAUAGUUCAGUCGAUUUAAGUGACCGUUCAGAUAGAGGUUCACUAAAGAGACAAAAUGCCUAUGAACAGACCCCUAAUAGCCAACGUGGAAGUCCCAAGCAUAUCCCACAUUCAAUACCCACAAGAGUGUUCCACCGUGAUGAUGAGCCUGCUCGCCAUCGACCACGGCAGAUUGACAGCCACCUAGCUAUCAAUGGCUCGGCAAAUCGGCAAAGCAAAUCUGAGUCGGAUUUUUCUGAUGGAGAUAAUGACAGUAUCAAUAGCACUUCAAACUCCAAUGAUACAAUAAAUUGUAGCUCUGAGUCCUCUUCCAGAGACAGUUUACGAGAGCAAACUUUGAGCAAACAAACAUACCACAAGGAAACCCGAAACAGCUGGGAUUCUCCUGCAUUUAGCAAUGAUAUCAUCAGAAAACGUCACUACCGGAUUGGUCUAAACCUCUUCAAUAAAAAACCUGAGAAAGGUGUGCAGUACCUGAUUGAGCGUGGAUUUGUUCCCGAUACCCCUGUUGGUAUUGCUCACUUCCUUCUUCAGAGGAAAGGCCUGAGCAGGCAGAUGAUUGGCGAGUUUUUAGGCAAUCGCCAGAAGCAGUUCAACCGAGAUGUACUUGACUGUGUUGUUGAUGAGAUGGAUUUUUCAGGAAUGGAAUUAGAUGAAGCUCUCAGAAAGUUCCAGGCACACAUCCGGGUCCAAGGAGAAGCUCAGAAAGUAGAACGUCUCAUCGAGGCUUUCAGCCAACGAUACUGUAUCUGCAACUCUGGGGUUGUGCGACAGUUCCGAAAUCCUGAUACGAUCUUCAUCCUAGCCUUUGCAAUUAUUUUGUUGAACACCGACAUGUACAGCCCCAAUGUGAAACCAGAACGCAAAAUGAAACUGGAGGAUUUUGUCAAGAAUUUGCGAGGGGUGGAUGAUGGAGAAGACAUCCCUCGAGAAAUGCUUACGGGAAUUUAUGAACGAAUCCGCAAAAGGGAACUCAAGACCAAUGAGGAUCAUGUCUCCCAGGUUCAGAAGGUUGAGAAGUUGAUUGUGGGAAAGAAACCAAUUGGAUCCCUACAUCAUGGACUUGGUUGUGUACUUUCCCUACCCCAUCGAAGAUUAGUCUGCUACUGCCGAUUAUUUGAGGUUCCGGAUCCCAACAAGCCACAGAAACUUGGUUUACAUCAGCGAGAAAUCUUCUUGUUUAAUGACCUCCUUGUGGUUACAAAGAUAUUUCAAAAGAAGAAAAAUUCAGUGACAUACAGCUUCCGGCAAUCCUUUUCCUUGUAUGGGAUACAAGUUCUUCUCUUUGAAAACCAGUAUUACCCAAAUGGAAUCCGACUUACUUCCGCUAUUUCCGGCGCUGACAUCAAAGUCCUGAUUAAUUUCAAUGCCCCCAACCCGCAGGAUCGCAAAAAAUUCACUGAUGAUCUACGUGAGUCUAUUGCAGAAGUUCAAGAGAUGGAAAAGUACAGAAUAGAAUCUGAACUAGAAAAACAGAAAGGAAUUGUACGCCCAAGUAUCUCUCAGAGCUCAGGCCUGAAAAAGGAACCUGGUAUUGGCACAUUAAGCAGGACCAGUCUGGAUGACAGUUAUACCACUGGAGAGGGGUUAAAAAGGACCGCACUCAGUAGUUCCCUCAGGGACCUCUCAGAAGCAGGCAAGCGUGGGCGCCGCAGCAGUGCAGGAUCGCUAGACAGCAAUAUGGAAGGGUCAGUCAUUAACAGUCCUCAUGCACGUCGAAGAGCCACUACAUCUACACGAGGAGAGUGUCCAAUCCGUCCUCACCAGACAUUGUCAAACUCAUCAUCAUUGCUUGGUUCUUUGUUUGGUAGUAAAAGAGGGAAAUCCUCUUCCCAGGGUUAUUCUGUACCAGGGUCAUCUCAGCAGCUUCCGUAUCCACCACAUCAACAACAUUCCUCAGCUGUACUUCACCCAGGCCAGACAGAGGUGCAGACACAGCAGCUGCAUGCGCUCCACUCCCAAUUCUGUCACAUGCAACAGACCCAGCCUCUCCCACCUCCUUAUCAUCACCAUCACCACUAUCACCCACCUCAACAUGCACAACUCCCUCAUCAGCAUCACCAGCACAUACAGCAUUCCCAGCACGCAUCACAUUCCCAACACGCUCCCUAUGUACAACAACAUCCCCAUGCAGCUCAUCCUCCUGUGCCCACUCCCCAUUCCCAGCAUCCUACUCACUCUCAGCACCCUCAGCAUCUCCAUGGCCAGCAAACCCCUUCUGCUCCUGCCAGUAGCAAGACCAAACACACAAGCGGCAUCAGCACAAUAGUCUAGGUGAAAAGUUAGAACUGAGAACAUUGUACACUUAAAAUAUCACAGAAGCUGCACGAAAGUUGUGAAGACACUUAAAUGCAGUGAUAUGUAAGUCUGACUUCCUAAUUUUAACCAAUCAAAUUACUACUAUGUUCUAUAGAUAGCAUCCGAUCAGAGUAACAGAAUUCACAUUCCCAGUAUAAUGUCAGUAAAAUACAAUAAUUGGCUACAUCCCUUAGGCUGCUCAGGGGAAAGCUUUCCUUGGUAUCGUUUUUUUGCCUUGCUUGAGGCAGAUGGGAGCCUUCUGUGCUGCUUACCAUACAGUGCUUUUACUAUUACACUUCCAGCAGAUGUGGCAGCAUUCUUUUCUUUUCCUUGGAGUAAUGCCUGAUAGCUCUUUUGUUAUUUCAGAUGUAGGAGCCUAUACCAAAAGAAUAUGAUGUGGAUUAAAUGAUUCUAAACUUGCUUAGUUUAUGACAGUGGUUUCUGACAAUUGAUGAAACCCUUGUGUAAACAGAAGAUUGUUAUGGUGGCUUUGUUUGAAUUUUGUUUUUGGUGAUAAAAUUAUUUAAUUGCGCAUGGAAAAUAAUGCUUAGUACCCUGAAGCUGCAAAACAAGCCUCAAGUUUAAAAAAAAGUCAUAGGUUCAGUUACUUUUAGCACAGAAACCCUAAACUAAAAUUGUGGAAUUCUGAGCAUUGUUAAACGAUUCCAGUAUUUAUUCAACUGUAGCCCCCUGUAACUAAUACAUCAAGAUUGUAAUCUUUAUUAAGUGUGCCAACUAUAUCAUCACAUACUAUUUUAAUCAAAAUCUGCUUUGUGUAUAACAUGCAUAUUUUAAUAGAAAAAAAUGAAAACCUAUUUGACUUAUCAGUAUUGAAGUUAAUAUAGUGAGCUAACUGAAAUUUAGUGCAGUUUGCUAUUGAAAUGACAUCUGGUCAUCUGGAUUUGGCAUCCUUCGUUACAACAGUAGUAGCUUAUCAGGUGGGAAAAAUGAAGGGAAUGCAUUUAGAGUAGAUCCAGAUUUAUUUCAUCUGUUUACACGUGAGAGUCCAGGAUAAACAAAAACCCAUGUACAUAUGUGCACUCAUGAAUAUUCAGAAGCCCACUCAGAAAUUUGCAGGAUAAAGCAUUAAAAUUCUCAAAGAUAAAAUUCCUUUUUUUCUUAUAAGAUAAUUUUCAGGAGAUAAAUAUAUAUAUUUUUUUGCUUCAAAGUACAUUGCACUCAGCAGGCUGAGUACAUCUCUCACUCGCAUCACUAUCAUACUUGUUUUUGAAAUUUAAAUAUGGUCCCUAUAUUUCAAAAAUAGAUUGGUAAUACCAUCUAAUAUCAAAUUAUUGCAGCAGACACACUGUUUAAGUGAACAGCAAUAGUAAGCUUGCAAAAUAAUAUAUUCAGUGACAAUGUGAGAGGUCUGCUGAAACUGAAGGAACAUUUCUGGUUUGGACCAUUCUAAGAUAAAAGACUAGCUCAGACUAAUAUUUUUUAUUCUGACAACAACAAAAUUCACCAAACAUAAAUACCAGCAAACCUAUGAACUGAGCACUUUGUUAGCUGCCAUAGUGAGGAAAUACAGCAAAUAGAGUUUAGCCUUUUUUUAAAGUUUUGUUUCCUGUAUGUGCAAUAUUUUUCCUAUAAUUAUGUACUGAGAAGUGAGAAUAAAUGUCAGGUUUGUUAAUUUAAUCAUUCUUAAACAUCUUGGAUCGUGAAGUCUUAUCUCUUGGAGUCAGACUGAUUCCUGAGAUUCUGUUCCUUGCAGUAUAAAGAACGAUGAGCUCUCAAUGAAACAGGCUAUCUUGCAUGACAUUUAAUGUUAAUAUGGUGAGGCUACACUCUACAUACUGUAUAUUUGCAAAAUUUCAGUGUUGACAUUAAGUAUACUUGAGGUAAGGUGAUCUCAUAUUAAAAUACUUAGACUGUUUCUUCAUACUUCAGUAUCUAUAAGUAUAGUCUACCUGUAAUCUAAAAUCUGUUCCAAAAAAGAUCUGGUUGCCAUUCUAGAUGAUAGUGGUGGGAAGGGUUAGCUUCAAGGUCCAGAACCUAGGUAAAUUGCACAAUAGCUCCUUCAUAUGAAGAUGUGUGUCUGUUACAUAUACUGUGCAUAAAUUGUUUGAAAUUAUCAUGAUUUUUCAUUGUAAAUAAAAAUGUAUUAAAUUGG